AGCAAACACUGUAGAGUGCCCUGAGGGGAGUGACCAACCCAAAGCUAUAAACAUCGAUAGAGUUUCAUGAGAUCAGCGCAGCAGGCAGAGAGGUCUGAAGCUAAAGCAAUACAGUAUCAAUUCUAGUAGACAAUGGCCACAGCUGUGUGUGUGACACUCCUUGCAUUGGUUGCAAUCUCGGCUGCACAGAGUGGUGUGUCCAUCAGGUUCAUGGGGAAGGAACUGACCAAUAUCAGUCGAGUUUGUCUGAGUGAUAUUGGAGAGCAGCUGCCAGGAGCUAAUGCAAUGGUGGGAGUACCAGACACUGUGGAGGGUCCUACCCUGGUGUGUGUUACUAACAACCCCAACUGUUGUAGGCCAGUGGACAAUCCUAAUGGCGGGGAAGUCGGAGAUUGGAGAAUAAAUGCAUUUCCUAAUGUUCCUGGUAUGAAUGGAGGCCCACCAGCUCCUCUCCUCUAUAGGAAUCGAGGUACUGGUCUGGUUCGAAUCAAUGCUCGACCUGGCGUUGAAAAUGCUGUGGGAGUGAUUGGACAAUACUGCUGCAUGAUACCUGAUAUGAGCGGUGUCUUCCAGACACUCUGUGUUUAUGUCACACUUGAUGAAUCAGUCUGCAACUCAAGUGUUAAUACUACUACUGUCCGACCCCCGCCUGCUACCACCGCAAAUGAUGGUACGACCACACUCAUUACCACUGGCCCUCCAGAUACGACCACACUUAUUGUCAAUUCCACCACAGAUGGUCAGUCUAAUACCAGUGCUAAUACCGGUGCUGUGGUUGGAGGGAUUAUUGGAGCCCUUCUCGCUAUCAUUCUGGUCGUGGUGAUCGUAAUCGUACUCGUGUGUUUGCUGACUAAACGAAAGAAGACAAAUGUCACUGAAGUAGAAACUUUUCAGACUGCCAUGUUACAAACUGAAAACAAACAAACUGUGUCCGGCGUGUAUUACACAACAAUUGGUGAAUCCUCAAUCACUGAUGGAGCGGUGUACGCUGAAAUUGACAAAAGCCACAAAACAAAACGUGAUACUAAAAGUAGGAGUCCAGCUGUGAAUGGAUCUGCUACUGAUGUAGAUUUGGCUGAUAUGUACGCUGUUCCUGAUAAGAAGCCUUAUGUGAACCAGCCACCCAAGAGUGUUGCACCACAAGCAGAUGCUGAGUAUGCUGAGAUUGAUAAAAAAGAUGCCAUUCCUCAAGUGCCCAAGAAAAGUGAACAACUAAAAGAGUAUUUGGAGACGAAACCAAUUGAUCAGUUCGUUCAACCCAACAGUGGUUACAGUGAGAUCGGAGCACUUCAACAUCGACCCAAAGCAAAUACACUACAGUCUCUGAGCAAACCACUCGACAGUACUGAGAUGAGGGAAAAUCCCCUCUAUGAUGUCACAGCUGUGGUUCGAUCUAAUACCAUCUCCGGCCCUAAUGCAGUAGUAUUCUCUGACAAUGUGUACGCUGACCCCAAUGAACCCGCUCCGAAGGCUAGCAAUACCGAAAGUGAAAAUAUCUACGAGACCAUCUACAGUGAAGCGAUUCAACCAUCCAAUUUUAAGACGCCAGCACCGCUAGCCACACCUCAAUCUACGCAACAAGAGGAGGACUUGUGUCCUUAUUCAUCCAUCUACACUCUCCCUGCCGCUCCCCUCACUGCUGAUGAGAAACCACUGAUUGUAACCAAUGACAACAUACAGCAAGUGCAGAAUCUUGGAACUGGAAAUUUCGGUAAAGUUGUUCUCGCUAAAACGGUUGGCCUGAGUUUAAAGCAGCUGAAAAUGAAUAAAAUCGAUACUGAUACAAACGUGAAAGUGUAUGUUGCCGUGAAGAUGCUCAAAGAGAAACCGUCGAGUUCCAUUAAAGAAGCGUUUGAGAAAGAGUGCAAGUUUAUGUCACGACUGAAUCAUCCCAGCGUGAUACGAUUGCUGGGAGUGUGCACGGAGGACACCCCUUUCAUUAUGAUGGAGUACAUGGAGAAAGGUGACCUCAAUCAAUACUUGAAGAACUUUAACACAAUCACAUCGGAAUCAGUCGCCAGUGGAAAGGUCAUCACAGUUGCCAAUCUUGUGUACAUAUCCACACAAAUUGCUAGUGGGAUGGAAUAUUUGGCCCGCCAGAACUUUGUUCACAGAGAUUUGGCCACUCGAAAUUGCCUCGUUGGACAAAACAACACUGUCAAAAUUGCCGAUUUUGGGAUGAGUCGAAAUCUCUACGAGUCUCACUAUUACAUAAUCCAAGGCCACGCAAUUCUCCCGAUUCGCUGGAUGGCUUCCGAGUGUUUCUACGGAACAUUUUCGGCCAAAUCCGACGUCUGGGCGUAUGGAGUCACAAUGUGGGAGGUCUUCACGCUUGCUAAAGACGAGCCGUACAGCGAGAUGACGGAUGGGGAGCUGGUGGAGGAUGCAGCAUCGAGGGGCUCUGGACGUAAGCUACUGCAACGACCCGAGGCAUGCCCUGUGGACGUGUUCCGUGUAAUGGAGGAGUGCUGGGUGCACGAGCCGAAAGAGAGAGAUACGUUUGAGGACAUUUUUGCCCAUUUAUCGUCUCUGAACUUUAAGUAUAGCUCUCACUAACAAUGGGCGUGGUUUUAUUUUACAUAUUCAUUACAUAUGUAUGGUUUUAUUGUGUGUGUAUUUUCCCUUGAUUUAUAAUUACAAGUUUUAGCAAAAAAGAAUUUUCAGCCAUUCUUAA